UUGGCAAUCCCAUGAAACCUAUGUUACCAACAGGGUGUACAUAAACCACGUGCUUAGUAGAGUAACAAAUGUGAAACAUGGGAUCUACAUAUCGCAUCACUGCAAAUUAUUGUCCAUUAUUAAAUAAUAAUUAUUUCAAAUGUUCUCUAAACAUUUCGAGGUAUACAACAAAAGCGAAGAACGAGGAAAAGGCAGAUAGAACAUUUAUCAGUUUUGCUGAUCUGGUUAAAACUAGACAACACCAAGCACAGCGUAGUAUUGUAGUGAAAUUGAAUAAAUUUCAUGAUGCCGAUUUCUGCAGAGAGUAUUUUUCGCAGUUUGGAACUAUUAAACAUAUAUGGCAUUAUACAACACAAUUGUAUCACCCAGAUAUGAUACUUAUGGAAUAUUCAUCGCAACAAGCAAUAAAUGAUAUAUUAGAUGCAGCUAAGGUCUCUACAGAUGUAUCUGAUAGUGUUCCUAUACAGACAACAGUGUUUCAAUUUCAGAAGUUCAAGACUAAAACCCCUCAUGUUGUAGAUAAUUCUGUUCCAAAAUAUUGCCAUCAAUAUCCUACACCACGGUUGCUCAAAUCACGUCUAAAAAAUAUAGAAUCUAUAUCAAACCAAAUGAUGAUGUUUUGUAAAGUGAUGAAACUUACAGACAUUGACAUAAGACUUAGAUAUUUCACUGCUCAUCAGUUGUUACUUUGUUUCUCUAAAUUAUUUCCAACUAUUUCUGUUCUACCAUUCGGUUCAUCUGCAGCCGGUUUGGGAACAAUGGGAUGUGAUCUUGAUCUAGUAUGUGUUUUUAAUCAAAAUCAUCCGCAACAAAUGAUGAAGAUUUCGAAUGAGUUGGUAUUUACUUCAAAAUCAUAUUCUCUUUUUGACAGAACACAUCAAAAAGAGUUUCUAAGGUCUAUGUCCUUUGUCAUGCAUCAUUUCGUUCCUGGUAUUAAUAAUACAAAAACCAUUCUGAAUGCUCGUGUCCCCAUAAUUAAAUUUAUCUACAGCUUUGCACAAUUGAACUGUGAUCUUAGUAGCAACAACAUGUCUGGAUUUUACAUGACCGAAUUGUUAUACACCUUUACAGAGAUGGAUAAGCGAGUCAGGCCAUUAAUAUUUACUAUUCGCAAAUGGGCAGCAGCCGUAACUGUAACGGUCGAGGUGCCCUCCAAUAAACUAACAAAUUUUUCUCUUACACUCUUGAUAAUGUUUUAUUUACAGCGGUGUAAGAUUUUACCUCCUGUAACAAAACUGUUUAGAUUGUCGGAUUCACACCGAUUUUGUCAAAUAUUGUCGACUGAAGCUAUUCAAACACAGAUCAAUACGAAAGUAAAUAAUAGUACUUUGCUCGACCUCCUACUUGGUUUCUUCGAGUUCUACGGUACUUUCGAUUUUCGUACUCAUGGAAUAUGUAUUCUGGAGGGAAUACUUAAACCUAAAUUAGACCUUUCGCCCAUUUACAUAUACAAUCCUGUGGAGCCAACUUUGAACGUCAGCAGAAAUGUCUCUUUAGAUGAACUGACCUUCUUCAUUCAGAAAACGAUAGCUGCCAUAUCCGUAAUGACUAAAUCAUCAAGCAAUGUUAAACUUUUAGAUUUAUUAAGGGACUCUGGUACUAACAGAACAAAUAUAAGAAAUAGAUCUCAGGAAAUUUUAUUAACGCCGUCAAUAAAAGAAUGAUAAAUAAAAUCACUGUGUCGUUUAAUAGUUCAAUCCGUGGAAUCAAUUUUUUCACAAUUUACAUCGCAUUUAUUUUUUAUUGUGAAACAUUAGUUCUAGGGAAAAAUGUAAUACGAAUGGAACACACAUUUUGAUACAUCGGAAAAAUAAGGCAGUAUUAAACGUAUUUGAUGUAAGGAUGAUCACGUUUACAAAUUUUUCCAACGUCCUCACGAAAUAACUGAUAACUGGAAGAUGGAAAUUCGAAAGUUUGUUAAAUGGAAGCAAAACAGAAGUGUAGUACAGUAAAAACAACUCUGAUGAAAGAAGAUAAACUGAAUACAUUCGUUCAGAAAAGACAAUUGACGAGACUGAUUUACAUCCUGUUGUCUUCGAAUAAAUUUCAAGACAUUUAUCAUUUAUUCUCGUACAUUCUAUUCAUAAAAGACUGCCGAUCAAUAACGAGUAAUUUUCCAAAGGAUCAUUACGAAGUUCGUCGCGAAGACAGGAAAAUAAAGUAUGAACAAGGAAGA